ACGUGUCCCGCGUGCCACGCCGUCUGUUUCCAGGGCAACUAGGGAGCCAACUACUAGAUGCGCGCGCAACCUGGGUGAUUUACACCGCGCGCCUCCUACCAUGGCGGUUGUGGGCCCCAGCGUCUUUCUACUCGUGAUCAACGGGCAGGUGGAGAGCGCCCAGUUCCCUGAGCAUGAUGAUCUCUACUGCAAGUACUGCUUUGUAUAUGGUCAUGACUGGGCCCCCACUGCGGGUCUGGAGGAGGGGAUCUCCCAGAUCACAUCUAAGAGCCAUGAUGUGCGGCACACGCUGGUAUGGAACUUCCCCAUUGACGUCACCUUUAAAAGCACCAACCCCUUUGGCUGGCCGCAGAUUGUGCUCAGUGUGUAUGGACCAGACGUGUUUGGGAAUGACGUGGUCCGAGGCUACGGGGCAGUGCAUGUGCCUUUCUCCCCUGGCAGGCACAAAAGGACCAUCCCCAUGUUUGUCCCAGAAUCUACAUCCACACUGCAAAAGUUUACAAGCUGGUUCAUGGGGCGGCGGCCUGAGUACACAGACCCCAAGGUGGUGGCUCAAGGUGAAGGCCGGGAAGUGACCCGCGUCCGCUCCCAGGGCUUUGUCACUCUCCUCUUCAACGUGGUGACCAAGGACAUGAAGAAGCUGGGCUAUGACACUGGGCCGGCAGACAUGCUGAGGGCUGAGGAGCAAGGCUUGCCCCAGGGCAUCCCUCAGUGAAGGUGUUGGCUCCUCCACCACCCAGUGAGCUAGCUGGGCUGACCACUAGUCCACAAGCCUGACUCAAGUGCAGCUGAGGCAGGGAGGUGGUAUUUUUAUAAAAUAAAUGGUUGCGUUGUCACAGAA